CGAUAACUUUCAGUAGAGUAUCCCUAGUUGUUAGUAAUUCUGAUACAAAUCAUGUAACGUUUUUCAUCGGAUUUUAUUUAAGGUUAGGAACGCGCGAAAAUAUUUCAAAGUGCAGUUUUAUUCUGAAGUGGACAAAAUGGUUCUAUUUAAACAGUUUGAAAUACUUGUAACAUUUGGCAGUUUAUGUCUUACAAAGAGCGUAAUUGCUGGUAAACCAGAUGACCUGAAUCUGUUUCCGAUACUAGCGCCCUCACCUGCUAUAGUAUGGCUCGAGAUACCACCGAUGAAUAAUAUCACAUUGCCAUGUUCUACCGUGAAAAAAGUUCCACAUUUAUCUUACUCCUGGGAAAAGAACGGAGACACACUAAACGUUAAAUCCAAUCCUAGGAUAAUAUCAAGUAAGGAAAACGGUACAAUAACAAUUGUAAGUCCGACUGAGGAAGAUGUUGGACGAUAUCAAUGCUUCGUCGAACAAAACCUUAGAGUAGCUACAUCAGCUAUGAUAAAUAUAUACGAUACAUAUUUAGAUAUAAGUGAAUAUAUAGAAGACCACAUAACUACAGAUAAAGAACCCGUUUUAAUGGUUUGUCCAGUAGGAUCAAAUCCAAACCCAAUUUUCCAAUGGAAAGUAAGGGAUGCAAAGGAACAUAAAAAUUACACAGAUAUAGUAAAAGAACAUAUAAUUAUGCCAGAUGGUGGUCUAUGGCUGUUCAAUGUGACCAAAGAGGAUGCUUUAAAAAAUAUUUCUUACGUUUGUUUUGUUACUUCUAAAAUUAGUAAUAAAACUGGAUUAGCGGCAGAACAUUUCAUAGUAGAGGUAGAAGAUAAUGAUAAGGGGAAUAAAUAUUUAGAAAAAAUGUAUACGAGUGAGAAUGUUUUUGCCGAAGUAGGAAAAAUUAUCAAAUUGUAUUGUAUUUAUUCUGGAAGCCCUUUGCCGAAUGUAACCUGGAUGAAAGACAACAAAAGGAUUCUGAAUUCGACAAGCCGGAUUACUAUAGACAAUAAGAAUAGAGGGCAAGUGCUUAUAAUAAAUGAUGUGAAUGUGGAAGACGAAGGGACGUAUACUUGUAUCGUUAGGAAUAAAGUUAAUGCACCAAGGAGACAUCAAAUUGAAGUGAUAGUUGUAAUGGCACCGACAAUUGAAAAUAUUGGUCCGGUGACAGAGGUAAUAGAGGGUACAGCGGUCACCAUAACAUUUAGUAUCAACGCCAGACCUGAACCCAUUGUACUAUGGACGUUAGAUGCUCAGCCACUCUUUGAAGAGUCCUCAGAUAUGGAACUGACUACGAUAUUUCUAGAAGGAGAACCAACGAGAAGUCAUUUGACAAUAAAGAAUGUGACACAAGGGCACACGGGGUACUAUGGUUGUAAAGCUUACAAUGUCUAUGGUGAAAUGUAUUUGGAGACUCUACUUUAUGUCAUGUCCAUUUAGAAAAAAAAACAACAUACCAUUGACUAGUGCUCUUUUUCAAAAUAAAUAUUUGCUUAUGCUAGUCGCUUAAUGAAAACAAGGAACUCAAAUCAUAGACAAU